UUGGGGAUUUAAUGGUUUCUCAGAAUCGUACUCUCCUGCGGCCCCGAAAACGGCACUACUCAUAGGUUCAACUGUACAUAUAAAAUAACAGCAUAAGGAGAUUACUUUCCACAUACAGUUUUGCCUGUGAAUAAUUAUUUAUUUAUGGAUUGCGAAGCUUCAAUGAAUGUGUUAUCUGAUCCAGUGUACAGUACGACAGUUCUAGCGAACUCAUCAGUUUCCCCGUUGGUUUUGACUGGAAAUAACGCAUUUGUUACAUCAAACAAAAUACAAUGAAGCGUUCAGCUGCAACUAUAGUUUCCUUCGUAAUUGGCAUUGUAGGAUGUGUUCUUGCCUUACGAUUUAUAGAGCCAAUACAAUAUGAAAUACAGGAGAAAUACGGAUUGACCAUGCAACAAUUGCAAAUAAAAUGUGAUAGCAAGGACCAAUCCUUGUAUAUAAAAAUCAUCGCAGAUCAAGACAAAUCAAGCAGUGUUAGGGCUACAUUGACAAACGAGUUGGAAAGAAAAGCUAAAGACAAAGAAGGAGAGGUUACGGAAAGUGAUUGGGAUAAGUGGACUAAAGAGAUUUGUAUUCCAAACAAGACUCUUAAAGAAAUUUCCAUAAAUGCGAUUAAUAAGGUACAGCAAUGUGUCGAUCAGGAAGAUCAAUUAAACAAUGAAGAAAAAUGUAAGGCUCAAAGAGAUCUUUUCAAAAACUUCUGCGGCAAAGUGAAAAUAUCAGCUCAGUGGUCGUACAUGGCGUCUCGUGUGGAAAAUCCUUGAACAGAGAUGAUUUUGCUGAAAAUACUUCAACAUGUAUAAACAUGUAUUUUAUUUUUUGCGCAGAAAAUACUUACAAAUAAAUGAUAAAUUUAAAAA